AGUCCACCAUAUAUAUAUCUGACUUACCCAACCAAAACGAGCCACGAGUAGAAAAUAGAGAGAAAAGAACCAAACGAACUUUCACCGCCAUUCUUCAAAACCCUUUCGCUUUCGAGUCCAUAGCUUCAUCGAUAGUCUCUUUCUUCAUCGCUCUGCUAGGCAACAAUGGACCGGAAAGUAAUUGAUUUUGAUCAAGGUUGGGCCUACAUGGAGAAUGGGAUUAAGAAAUUGAAGAGAAUUCUUGAAGGAUUACCAGAAACUCAGUUCACUUCUGAGGAGUACAUGAUGCUGUACACAACCAUCUAUAAUAUGUGUACUCAGAAGCCACCACUUGAUUAUUCGCAACAGCUUUAUGACAAGUACAAGGAGGUUUUUGAUGAAUACAUUAGAUCUACGGUUUUGUCUGCUGUAAGAGACAAGCAUGACGAGUUCAUGCUGAGGGAGCUUGUCCAGAGGUGGUUAAACCACAAGGUCUUGGUUAGGUGGCUUUCACGCUUCUUCCAUUAUCUCGAUCGCUACUUCGUUGCACGACGUUCCCUGCCCCCUCUCAAUGCAGUUGGGCUUUCUGCCUUCCGCGAUUUGGUUUACAUGGAGGUACGAGUCAAUGCUAUGAAGGCUGUGAUUGUUCUUAUUGACAAAGAACGUGAGGGCGAACAGAUUGAUAGAUCAUUGUUGAAAAAUGUUCUUGACAUAUUUGUUGAGAUUGGUAUGGGUGAAAUGGCGUUUUAUGAAUCGGAUUUCGAGGCACACAUGCUUGAAGAUACUGCAGAUUACUACAAAAGCAAGGCUACAAUCUGGAUUGAGUCUGACUCCUGCCCAGAUUACAUGCUUAAGGCUGAGGAUUGCUUGCGACGAGAGAGAGAUAGAGUGUCUCACUACCUGCACUCUACCACUGAGCAGAAAUUGGUUGAGAAAGUGCAACAUGAGUUGCUGGUAAACCGUGCAAAUCAGCUACUUGAGAAGGAGCACUCUGGCUGCCGUGCCUUGCUUAGAGAUGAUAAGGUGGAUGAUCUGUCUAGGAUGUAUAGACUGUACCAUAAAAUACCUAAAGGACUGGAUCCGGUUGCCAAUGUAUUCAAGCAGCAUAUUACAGACGAGGGUAUAGCUUUGGUUCAACUGGCGGAAGAAAGUGCUAGCAAUCAGAAAACUACAAGCAGUUCUGGCUUUCAGGAUCAAGUCCUUAUCAGAAAAUUCAUUGAACUGCAUGACAAGUAUAUGGCAUAUGUCAAUAAUUGUUUUAUGAAUCACACCCUUUUCCACAAGGCAUUAAAGGAAGCGUUUGAGGUAUUUUGCAAUAAAACUGUUGCUGGUAGUUCCAGUGCAGAAUUAUUAUCUUCAUUCUGUGAUAAUAUCCUUAAAAAGGGUGGAAGUGAGAAGAUGAGCGAUGAAGCCAUUGAAGAAACACUUGAGAAGGUAGUGAAGCUGCUUGCAUAUAUCAGUGACAAGGAUCUCUUUGCAGAAUUUUACAGGAAGAAGCUUGCCCGAAGAUUACUUUUUGACAGGAGUGCCAAUGAUGAACAUGAGAAGUGUAUUUUGACAAAGUUAAAGCAACAAUGUGGUGGCCAGUUCACAUCAAAGAUGGAGGGAAUGGUGGUUGACUUGACAUUGGCUAGGGACAAUCAGCUGAAGUUUCAGGAAUAUCUUAAUGAAAACUCAGAUGUACAUCCUGGAAUUGACCUGACAGUUACUGUUCUUACCACUGGGUUUUGGCCAAGCUACAAGUCUUUUGAUCUUAACCUCCCUUCGGAGAUGGUCAAGUGUGUGGAAGUUUUUAAGGGCUUUUAUGAAACAAAGACAAAACAUAGAAAACUUACUUGGAUUUACUCACUGGGAACUUGCAACAUCAUUGGCAAGUUUGAGCCAAAAACCAUAGAGUUAAUUGUCUCAACCUAUCAGGCUGCUGCCCUGCUACUAUUCAACACUGCGGAUAAGCUGAGUUAUUCAGAGAUUAUGACUCAGCUGAAUUUGACUAAUGAAGACCUAGUUAGAUUGCUUCAUUCUCUAUCUUGCGCAAAAUAUAAGAUACUUGCUAAGGAGCCUAAUACUAGAACAAUAUCCCCAAAUGACAGCUUUGAGUUCAAUUCCAAAUUUACUGAUAAAAUGAGAAGGAUAAAGAUCCCUCUACCGCCUGUUGAUGAAAGGAAGAAGGUUAUUGAAGACGUUGACAAAGAUAGGCGAUAUGCUAUUGAUGCAGCAAUUGUGCGCAUCAUGAAGAGUAGGAAAGUUUUGGGCCAUCAACAAUUGGUUUUGGAGUGUGUUGAGCAGUUGGGGCGCAUGUUCAAGCCUGACAUCAAAGCAAUAAAGAAGCGGAUUGAAGAUCUCAUCACUAGGGACUACCUGGAGAGGGACAAAGAAAAUCCAAACACCUUUAGGUAUCUGGCAUAGGUAAAGGUACUAUUGUACAGCGUGGUAAGAGUUGAGGAAGUACAUUUGAGAAUUCCCUGGUUACAUAAUGCUGUAAAUGACUAGUCAGAUACUUUCUUAGUACCAGUGGCAAAUUGUUUUGCAUACGUGAGGAGUAUUUUUUGGAUGAAGCAGACACGAGGACAUACAUGUUACAAUUUUAUUUGUCUCCAUACAAUCAAAUCGGUAUCGUUAUCUA